AUUUUGAUCGGAAAUUGCAAAAGUGAUUGGAAGGUCAAGUCCAUAUUUCAUCAGAAAAAUCUAGAAAGUUGUUCAGACUUUCAGCAAAAUCUCCGCUUUCAUUAGUGUUCCAAAGAUUAAAAAUAUCAAUAUGACAACACUAUUGGCAGUUAGAGCUUGUUUAUCACAAGCUUAUCGAACAGUAACCCCUUCAAGCAGAAAUCUGCUUAGAGAACGAAUACCGCAAAUCAGAUCGCAGAGGCAUUGGCAAAGUCAAGCAAGAACUCCGUUGAAAAGAAAAAUUCUUACCCCAAAAGUUGAAACAUCUCGUGGAGCAGACGCAGCUUUUGGAUUGGGAAAAGGCGUAGUAGCUGGGGCAUCAGCUCUAGGAAUUGGAGCACUCUGUUUUUAUGGACUUGGCUUAUCAAGUGAAGCUGGAACCGCUGAUAAAGCAGCUGUAUGGCCAGAAUACGUUCGCGAAAGGGUUAAAAGUACCUACAUGUAUUUUGGAAGUGGCAUUGGAAUUACUGCCGCCUCUGCCUACGCCAUUAGCAGAAGUGCUCCCCUUAUGAGAUUGGUGAGUCGUACUGGCUGGGUUAGCCUCCUGGUUUCUAUGGCAGCAGUACUUGGAACUGGAGCUGUUGCAAGAAGUAUUCCAUACAAGGGGGAAUUUGGAGCAAAACAAGUGGCAUGGAUGGUUCACGUCGCAACUAUGGGGGCCAUUGUUGCCCCCUUAACGUUACUUGGUGGCCCAAUUAUGCUAAGAGCAGCUAGCUACACGGCUGGAAUUGUUGGUGGGCUUUCAACUUUGGCAAUGUGUGCUCCAAGUGAUAAAUUUUUGAAUAUGGGCGGUCCGUUAGCCAUGGGACUGGGUGUAGUAUUUAUGUCCUCAAUCGGAUCAAUGUUCCUGCCGCCAACUUCUGUUUUUGGAGCUGGACUAUAUUCAAUUACCGUAUACGGUGGUCUUGUCCUUUUUGGUUUAUUUUUACUAUACGAUACGCAAAAAAUUGUAAAGAGAGCUGAAGAUUAUCCAGCAAUAUAUGGUUUUAAAGGCGAACAUGGUUAUGACCCAAUCAAUAAUUCUAUUUCAAUCUAUCUCGAUACUAUGAAUAUAUUUAUCAGGCUAGCAAUGAUAUUUGCUGGAGGUGGUAAUAAACGUCGUUGA